GAUGCGCGACAAUGCGGCAGCGCUACUGACUUCCCGAUGCUCUGGAGUCCGAGACCGACGCCGGCCUGGGAGCGGGAUGGAGCCGGAGUGGAGGCUGAGAGCGGCUCCCACGCGUGGCAGCCGGGGAUCCGGGUGCUGAGUCCCGCCGGCGUGCGGCGAUAGCACGUCUUCCCCUGGCGCGUCGGGGGCGCGAGCCAUGGGCUCCCAGGACGUGCUGAGCGAGACCACCCGGCUGGCCUCCUCCAGCGCCCUGUUGCAGAUAUUGUUUCGGGUGAUUACUUUUGGCUUAAAUGCAUUUACUCUCCGCUAUGUAUCAAAAGAAAUGAUUGGCCUUGUGAAUGUAAGGCUAACACUGCUUUAUUCUACAAUUGUUUUCUUAGCCAGAGAGGCAUUCCGUAGGGCUUGUUUGAGUGGCAGCACAAAGCGAAAUUGGACCAAAACUAUUAAUCUUUUGUGGCUAACAGUUCCUUUAGGGAUAUGUUGGUCACUGUUCCUGGGCUGGAUCUGGCUACAGUUACUUGAAGUUCCUGAUCCUAACUCAGUUCCCUACUAUAAGAUUGGAGUAGUUGCAUUUGGUCUUUCUGCAGUGGUUGAACUUCUAGGAGAACCAUUCUGGGUUUUGGCACAAGCACAUUUGUUUAUAAGGCUUAAGGUAAUUGCUGAAAGUCUUUCAAUAAUCUCCAAAUGCAUUUUGACAGUUAUUUUAGUAGUGCUGUAUCCACAAUGGGGACUUUACAUUUUUUCUUUGGCCCAGCUUUUAUACACCAGUAUUCUGGUGCUGUGCUAUGUAAUGUAUUUCAUGAAGUUUUUGGGUUCUCCUGAAGCAACAAAGAAAUCUUUUCCAGUUUCUAGAAUGACAGAUCUGUUACCCAACUUGAUUGAAGACCAGAUAGUGGUUGACUGGAAAGAGGCUAGGUUGACUUGGAGCUUCUUUAAACAAUCUUUCUUGAAACAGAUGCUGACAGAAGGUGAAAGAUAUGUGAUGACUUUUUUGAAUGUGCUAAAUUUUGGAGACCAGGGUGUGUAUGACAUAGUGAAUAACCUUGGUUCUCUGGUGGCUAGAUUUAUCUUUUUGCCAAUAGAAGAGAGUUUUUACAUUUUCUUUGCUAAGGUGCUGGAAAGAGGGACAGAUGUAAAGCUACAGAAACAAGAUGAUAUUGCAAUGGCUGCAGCAGUGUUGGAGUCACUGUUAAAACUCGUGCUUCUGGUUGGCCUGAGCAUUACAGUUUUUGGCUAUGCCUAUUCUCAACUGGCUCUGGAUAUUUAUGGAGGUUCAAUGCUCAGUUUGGGAUCAGAGUUGAAGACUUUCUCUUCACCUCAAAGAAAUGUGCUGUACCGUGACUGCUCAGGAAAUUACUCCUCAGAACUGAGACAGAGGGAGAGUGCACAAUGUCCCAGUCUCCUGCGCUGCUAUUCUUUAUAUGUCCUGCUUCUUGCUGUCAAUGGAGUAACAGAAUGUUUUACAUUUGCUUCUAUGUGCAAAGAGGAGGUAGACAGGUUCAAUUUUGUUAUGCUGGCCUUGUCCUUCACAUUCUUGUGCGUCUCUUAUUUCUUGACUCAGUGGCAAGGCAGUGUAGGCUUUAUCCUUGCAAACUGCUUCAAUAUGAGUAUUCGAAUAGCACACAGCAUUCGCUACAUCUACAAUUACUUCAAAGAGAGUUCUUACAGACCUUUGAAAGGGCUGCUACUCUCGCCAUCACUAAUUUUUGUUUAUAUUAUAAGUGGAGUCGUCACUGUUUUUUCAGAGGUAUUCUUGUGCUGUGAUAAAGGCUGGCUGGCAAAGCUGAUUCACGUCACUGUGGGAGCUCUGUGCUUCGCAGCAACACUUAUCACUGUAUUCUUCACAGAGACCAAGCUGAUUAACUUUGUUAGAAACGCAGUUCCUGUCACGAUAUAACCAAGAAAAACUUAAAAUGAUCAUGUACGGAAUAAAUUAUGUAUGUAUGUAUAUGUUGCUACAAGGUAUAUUUUAUAUAUAAAAUAUGCAUAGGAUAAGUUUUAAUGGCACCUUGUAAAGUUUCUUUAAAAAAAACAAAAACCAAACUCCCACAGAAUAUUUCUGACACUGUGUAGCUGAAAUGGAAAUAUUUGGCAACCAGUUACUAUUUCCAUUUUCAAAUCAUUUAAACUCAUAACAGGUUCCAACAGAAAUUAUAUCAACCCUGAGCCAGGUAAUUCUCCUUGUCAUUCUUAUCAAAGCUUUUUCCUUAAUAAUAGUAUUGCCUAACUUUUUGUGUUUUAGCAGAAUGAAAUAACUAGGAUUUACACUGAUGCAAAUCUUCCUUUUGGGACGCACAUAUUGUUACAAAUGGGACUGCCAAGUGUGACAGUGUCAAAGAAUUAGACUUUACCCACUUUUAUACAACUAUCAAAUAUUGAAAUGGAUGAAUGACCCUUCAAAGAAAGUGAGGCCACUUAAUUAUUAAGAAAAUAUAUUUACUUACCAGAAUAUUGACUAGUAUGCCAAAAAUAUACUACUUCAGUGUUCACUGAACUACACAAUAUUGUGUUUUGAAAGGAAGUUCUGCAAAGCGUAAGCCUCUGUUCUUUCUUCUGGGUGCAGGUCACAGCUGAAAUUUCCUGAAGUCCAGAAACUCAAUAGAGUUAAACUUAAAUUCUAUAACUUUUAUUUUAUCUCUAUUUUUAGUCAAUUUAUAAAUACCAGUGCAAACAAAAAUUUAAAUAAAAAUAUUCUCUCAUAAUUCA